AUCAGAGAGGUGUCACCGGCCCUCCUCCUGACGCCUCCAAGUUUGAACCCACCAGCAUCCUGGGAUUUCCUGCACCGCUCAUCGCCGAGCAGCUCACCAAGACGGAGACGGAGCUGUUUGUCCGUCUGGUGCCGUACCACUGCCUCGGCUCACUGUGGUCGCAGAGGGAUAAGAAGGGGAGGGAAGGCGUCUGUUGGUCCGUCCGGGCCACGGUGCGUCAGUUCAACAAGUUGGCCAAUGCGGUUUUAGCAUCCUGCCUUUGUCCGACGAUGCUGCGCAGCCAGCAGAGAGCGCGGCUGCUGGAGAAAUGGAUCAGCGUGGCAGAGGAGUGCCGAGCCAGAAAGAACUUCUCCUCGCUGUACGCCAUCGUGUCCGCUCUGCAGAGUAACCCCAUCCACCGGCUGAGGAAGACGUGGCAGGACACCGACAGGGAGGCGGUGAGGAGAUACGAGGAACUGUCAGAAAUAUUCUCAGAGAAGGACAACUACUCCCAGAGUCGAGAGCUCCUGAAGGAGGAGGGAACGUCAAAGUUUGCCAACAUUGACAGCAGGCUGAACAACAGACAUCUUAAUAAGUCCACCGCCCAGGGCACCGUGCCCUACCUGGGCAUCUUCCUCACAGACCUCACCAUGCUGGACACCGCCGUCAAAGACAGGCUCGACAAUGGCUACAUCAACUUUGACAAAAGGAGAAGGGAAUUUGAGGUUUUGGCUCAAAUCCGUCUCCUGCAGUCUUCCUGCAAAAACUGUGUUUUCAGCUCGGACGAGUCCUUCAUGCUGUGGUAUCACAGUGUUCCCACACUGACCGAGGAGGAGAGUUACAGACUGUCCAACGAAAUUGAAGCGCCCAGCGAGCCGAGCCCACGCGGCCUCACUCCGACAGUCAUCAUCACACAGUGUUCAGACCUGAGCACCUCGCGGACGAGUCUGGCGGGCGACAGCGACAGCCUCUUUGACUUCCCCUCGCCCGUCAACAACCUGCUAUCAAAACUCACAAAGCAUAUGAGAUCUCCAUCUGUGUCCUGUCUGGAUGUGGACACGUCCCCUUCCACCACAGACUCCACCCCCGCCACUCUGACUCCAUCUACCCCCACGAAAUCCCACCGCCGCUCGGCCUCCUGCGGCAACAACCCCCCCAACAAAGCGCAAGGGUCCGGGCCGGACAUGCGGAUCAUCAGGAUCGGGAUGGACCUGCAGGAUGGAAACCUCUACAAAAGCAUUCUGGUUACGAGCAAUGACAAGACCCCCACUGUGAUCAGCUCCGCCUUAGAGAAGCACAAUCAGGACCCCAAACAGACGUCCAAGUACGAGCUGAUCCAGCUCCUGCCUGACGCAAAAGAACUGGUCAUCCCCGCUACAGGAAACGUCUUCUACGCCAUGACAUCAUCCAGCGUUGACUUCCUGCUGAGGAGGAAAGGCGGGAACACUCCUCUUGGCUCGCAGCCGAUCAGCACAGAGACGAGCGCCACGUUUCCUCGAAUCAAGGCCAAGGGGAGGAGGCUGGUCAGGAAUCUGUUUUGACGUUAGAUCUUCGUCAACUUUGACCUCUUCUCUUGUCGCCCCCCCCCCCCGACGAACACACGGGGGAGAUCCCUCAAUGACGUGGCCUUCCCCGUGCAAAACGAGAAGCUACACAUGCCUUUACCCCAUGCUCCUCAGAAGCCUCUUCUACCAAAGCACAGAGACCAAGUACAUCAGACAUUUCAGA